GGACUCAACGCCGCCUAGCGGCAAGUGCCCGUUACCUCCAGCAACUUCCGACUCGAAGGAGCAAGCCGGUAGAGAUGGACUUGUUGAGCAUUUUUUAUUUUCUUUUGGUGGCUGCCUUGAUUAUUUUGUCUCUGUGUCUAGUGAUAAUAUAUGUCACCUCUGUGGCAUAUCCUGACUUGGGAAGGUAUGAGAGUGAGAAAUUUUUCCAUGACCCCAAAAGGAAGGCAGAGAGUGAAUUUCCAAGCAUUCAUGAUCCACCCAGCGUUGACCUGACAGUUGUGGUACCAGCUUACAAUGAAGAGGAGAGAUUAUCCAGUAUGAUGGAUGAGGCCUUAGAGUACCUCGAGGACAGACAGCAAAGCAACCAAUCAUUCAGUUUUGAAAUAAUUGUUGUUGAUGAUGGCAGCAAAGAUAAAACAUCCGAGGUAGCUUUAACCUAUUCUGAAAAGUAUGGUGUAGACAAAGUGCGAGUUCUAACGUUAGCGAAGAAUAGAGGAAAAGGAGGAGCCAUUAGAUUGGGUAUAUUUGUUGGUCGAGGCAAACUGAUGUUGUUUGCUGAUGCUGAUGGUGCAAGUAAAUUCAGUGACUAUAAAAAAAUGGAAGUGGAAUUGAAAAAAAUAAAUGGUCAGGACAAUAUGUGUGUUGUGUGUGGGUCCAGAGCUCAUUUGGAAAAAGAUUCUAUAGCCGAGCGUUCUGUAUUCCGAACAUUCCUGAUGUAUGGGUUUCACUUCCUGGUGUGGUUUCUGUGCGUGAGAGGAGUCAAGGACACGCAGUGUGGCUUCAAACUCAUGACAAGGGAGGCCGCCAUUUUGCUUUUCUCAAAUUUGCAUGUAGAAAGAUGGGCAUUUGAUGUAGAUAUGUUGUAUCUUGCUCAGCACUUCAAGAUGCCUUUAGGAGAGGUAGCCAUUGCAUGGCAGGAGAUUGAUGGAUCAAAAAUGGUUCCAGUCUGGAGCUGGCUGCAGAUGGGUCGCGACCUGCUUCUUAUACGUCUUCGGUACAUUCUAGGUGCUUGGAGGAUCAACAGUAAACCCAAGUCAGAAUAGAGUUAUCUCCCUUGCCUGUUGCUUUCGUUGCAUCUACUCUGCAGUGAAUGUCGUGUGGGCAGCUACUACAGAACCAAAAUUUAAUUUUUAUGACUUGUGUUCAUGGAAAACAUGCAUUUUAAUAACUAUUUCUGUUAAUGAUUUUGCUUAAAAUGUCAGAUUCAAUGGGUGGAUUUUCAAUAGAAAUCCUGUUUUGGUUGGUCAUCACAUCUGUACAUAACGUUAUGUUCUUGCAUUCUUUGUUGUUUUUGUUUUCUUAUUUACUUCCUUGUUGUCCUUGUUAAUAUGACAAAGUCUUUGCACUAUGUUACGAGCAUCCUUCAUUAUAAUCAUAACAUCUCUUCUCCAUGAAACCCCUUUACUCCUGGAUGGUAAUUUCUGAUGAAAUAGUAUUUUUUUAGAAAAGUGUUCUGUAGUUGGCCAAGUACGAAAGUUGGACCUGAGAUACUUGAUUUAGAAUACCCUAACAUUUUUAAAAGUGUAUAUAAGUACAUAAGAGUUGUAUUGUAUACUACUAAAAAGUCAAGGACUACCCGAUUAUUUUAUAUUACUGUAGUUAUUAUAUCUUCCCGAGGCAAGAGAGUUAACUGACUAUAAAAGUCCAGUUUCCACCCUUGCCGAACUAGGCUGGUAUUAUGGAGUUACAUUAUGGCUGGGCUAACCAGUCUAUGCAUAGUCCAAUCAAAAUCACGCACCAAAAUCGAAAUCCGGUUCAUAAACUGUCGUUCAGUUUUCGGUUAAAUGCAGGAUUUGCCAAGCAUGUGCACUGCCAACUAGCUGUCAGCAGAUAUUUUCCAAAACUUUUCCUGUUUUUAAUGAAGGUGCUCACGUGAUUUGAUGCAUUUCGCAAUGUGAGACCUGUUUUAUCACAAUAU